AUGUUAGCAAUUAGAAGAUUGUUAAACCUUUUUAUAGGAAAAUAUUCACGGAGCACAAAUAUAUCUGUGCUUAAUAACCUAAGUGAAAGUCCGCCUUUGAAACUAUUGGCAUUGCCUCACUAUCCAGAAAAGAUAGACUGUCUACUUCACGUGAGGAUGCCACUGUUCACUGCCCUUAAAUGUGAAUUCAGUCUUGCUUUUCCAAUUGAUGACCGACUUGUUGAUCUAAGUCCAAAAGGACCUUCAUUACGGUUUGGUAACAAGAGAAAAAGCCCACAGGUAGCAUCCUCAGCCCCUCUGCCCUCCAUUCACCUGGUCACCUCAUGCCAUCCUCAAGUGCAUCCUAACGUCAGUCAAGGCUGCCAAGGAGGCUGUGCAACGUGUUCAGAUUACAAUGGAUGUUUGUCAUGUAAGCCCAGACUAUUUUUUGUUCUGGAAAGAAUUGGCAUGAAGCAGAUUGGAGUGUGUCUCUCUUCAUGUCCAAGUGGAUAUUAUGGAACUCGAUAUCCAGAUAUAAAUAAGUGUACAAAAUGCAAAGCUGACUGUGAUACCUGUUUCAACAAAAAUUUCUGCACAAAGUGUAAAAGUGGAUUUUACUUACACCUUGGAAAGUGCCUUGACAAUUGCCCAGAAGGGUUGGAAGCCAACAACCAUACCAUGGAGUGCGUCAGUAUUGUGCACUGUGAGGCAAGUGAAUGGAGUCCUUGGAGUCCAUGCAUGAAGAAAGGAAAAACAUGUGGUUUCAAAAGAGGGACUGAAACACGGGUCCGAGAGAUAACACAGCAUCCAUCAGCAAAGGGUAACCUGUGUCCCCCCACCACUGAGACAAGAAAGUGUACAGUGCAAAGAAAGAAGUGUCAGAAAGGAGAACGAGGGAAAAAAGGAAGGGAGAGGAAAAGAAAAAAACCUAAUAAAGAAGAAAGUAAGGACGCAAUACCUGAUAACAAAGGUCUGGAACCCAGCAGAGAAACUCCAGAACAACGAGAAAACAAAGACAAACAGCAGCAGAAGAAGCGAAAGGUCCAAGAUAAACAACAGAAAUCGGUAUCGGUCAGCACUGUACAUUAGAGGGUCCCAUGAGAUCGUUGUAAACUCAUGAUGCUGCUAUCUCAACCAGAUGCCCAGGACAGGUGCUCUAGCCAUUAGGACCACAAAUGGACAACGUGUCAGUUACUGCUCAGUCUCAACAACAUUCCAAAUAGUUGCUAUAGUCUUCAUACAAGCAUAGUUAACAACAAAGAGCCAAAAGUUCAAAGAAGGGAUGUUUUCAAAUGGUUAUCUUACAGGCUUCUGUGCAUUUCUAAGAGACAAGAAAUUUUGUACAUAAUUAUCAAUAGGCUAUAAGAUGUAACAACAUAAUGAUGACAUCUGGAGAAGCAACAUUUUUUCCCUCUAAAAAUCAUUUUCAAGCUAUUGCUUUAAGAAGCGAAAGAUAGUUCUGCAAAUUCAGAGAUGCAGUAUCCCUUCAAAGUAAAUAAGAGAUCAGGGAAGAGAAGCAUCUUUCAAAGUAUGGUGUUGUUUUGUCCAGGAGAUCUAGAGAGUGCUUAAAUAUUAGGGCCUGGCAUUUGUGAUCAUAGGAAUUAUCCCCACAGAAACGACUGUUUUCAGAUCGGUUCUAUUGCUCUCACCAUGUCCUUCUGCAAGAAACAGGAGAGUGUACACCAGAGUUAAGCAUUAUGUAUGGGAUUGGAGAAGGGCAAAAUGUGGAAGAAACCAUGGCGUUGGAGAUGACUUCUGUGCUUUACAAAACUGUGAAGGGUUGUGAUUACCUGGAACAGGUCUCCAAUCGAUGUCAGCACUGUGUGGUUCAGCCUCUGCUACCCCUCGGGUUAUAGAAGUCUGUAAACAUGGACCUGUAACUUCCAAAAGCAAAAUCAUACUUAUUAGAAGAAAAUUCUGAUUUCAUAGAAAAACAAAAACUAGAGCAAGGAGAAUAGAACAUGUUUGCAAAGUCAUGUGUGUUCUGAGUGAAAAACAGUUUUAUUACCUGCUUAAUGGUCCACCUGGAACUAAAAGGGAUACUUCUUUCUAACAAGGUGUAUCUAGUAGGGGGGAAAGCCACCACAAUAAAUAUAUUUGUUGAUAGUUUUUAAAGUUUUGUUCAUUUUGUUUUAUUGUUUGUUUUAUUGGAAAAUUGUUACGCUUACGAACUCAUGAAUUAGGAAAGGGAAUUCUGUAUCCUAUGUAAUCUGAACAUAUUACAUUUCUCAAUGCUUGCUUUUGGAAUCCACCUUUUGUAAGUAGAUAGAGAUUUACUUAUAGGAUAUUAGGAGAUAUUUAUUCAACUUUUCCCUUAAUCAACAAAAUUCUAAUUCUAGGUGCAUAGGCCUCCCGAAAUGAUUUCACUGCUCCCCCUUCAUUGCUUAGAAAUUAGCAUCUUUCCUUGUAUGUCAGUUCCUCCUGCAUCUUGAACAUUUGGCCUUCUCUUCUCCAUAUUUUCUCAGUCUGUGGAUCUCUUUUGGGGAUUGAAGUCACCCUAGCUGAAGCCCUCACCAGUGUUUCACAGAAGACACAGCCAGCCCAGGGCAGGAGGAGACAUCUCUGAGCAAGCAGCACCGAAUCUCGUGGCCCACCUUAACCUUCCUCUUGUAGUGGAAGGAUGCACAGCUGCUCUGCCCACCAUACUUCCUAGCCCUCUAAAGAUCAAUGCUUUCUGAAGAACUGGCAAUGGAAUCUGGCUUCUGGCUGCCUAUCUCUGGUCACUCUUUUUCCACCAACUGUACUGUUCAUGUGGACUGCUUGGCUUAAUUCAUUUUUCACUUCUCUUGUUGUCUUCCAAGAUAUAAAAUUUUUGAAUGAUGCAUUUCUGUUUCUCACUUUGGUGUUUUCUUUCCUAGUGUGCAUGAGAUAAGUGUUUCAACUAACUAGAUCUAUUCCCAAUGUACAAAAAUAAUUCUAUUUUCAACUACAGCUUA